CCCGGCGUGCGUCGAGUGGGGAGAGGGCGGCCAAGGCAGCAGCAGAGGCGGCGACAACGGGCGGGCAGAGGAUGAUCCGCGUGUGGGAGAGAAUGAAGCGCAUUAUCCCCAACAACCCCUCCUCUGCUGCCGCCGCUGCUGCCUCUGAUGCUGCUGACGCUGCUGGUGGUAACAACGAGUUUCUUCCAGAGGCGUGUCAUCGCAGCCACCUGAGCCAGUCGCUCUCGGCUGGACUCAUCCCCGCUGACCAGAGAGGCCCCUCCUGGAUUGCCAUGGCGUGUUCCGACCCUGAGGACGAUCUUAUCAAUCGCACCAGCUAUUCGCAGCUCAAGGAGCGAGCUGCCUCUGCACCUCCCACUGC